AUGUUAUGUGCACAUAAUAUCAGUACUUCUGUUGUUUGCUUAGAAAUGAUCUUACUAAUCAUCGGUCUCUUUUACAUUACAAUGGCAUCACCUUACUGUUAUAAACGUAGCCGAUACUGGAAAGAUCGCAACAUUCCUGGACCAGUAUCCAUACCGUUCAUUGGAAAUUUCUUUAAGGCUAUAAGUGAUGAAAUUCCAGAAGGAUAUGUUUUUAGGGACUGGACAAAACAGUAUGGAAAAUACUAUGGUUUUCAAGUUGGUCAAACGAACAUUUUGGCGAUCAAUGACUUGAAUAUGGUGCGUCAGCUGUUUAUCCAAAAAUUCGAUAACUUUCAUGGAAGACGAGUUCGAGGAAUUGGAAGAAAUCCCGACACCACUCCUGAAGUUCACAUUUUUAAUGCUUGCGGUUAUCGAUGGAGAAGACUGAGAACAAUAUCUGCUCCCAUCUUCACUACUGGAAAUAUCAAAAAGGUGUCCGCGACUGCAGAGAAGACUUCUCAGUUUAAAAUAAUUUUGAAUUACCAAGAGAUGGCCAUGGAUAUUAUUUCACGCGUCGCAGUGGGACAAAAAAGAAUCCACUCAUAUAAUUUUUGGAAAAAAAUUAUUAGAAUAUUGCAGGAUAAAAAGUUUAUUCAGGGUUUACAACGAUCAGAAAAAAUGAUGAGCGAAAAUGAAAUUGUGGCGAACAGUUUACUGUUCUUGUUGGCCGGAUAUGAUACGACGUCCAAUUCGUUGGCAUUUUUGACUUGGCAUUUAGCGCGAGAUCAACAACGACUGAAAAAACUUCAGCAGGAAAUUGACGAAAUAUGUACAACUCAGGUUAACCUUGAUGUUACUAUUUUGAGAAUAUUAAUGGGUACGCACGUUGUCGUAGAUGGCAAAGAUCCAGAUAAAUUUAUUUCUGAAAGCUUCGAAGCACUGAAAAAAAAAAUUAACUUGAGAAAUUGCGUUGCAUAUCUACCUUUUGGCCUAGGACCUCGUCAGUACAUCGGGAUGAGCUUUGCACUGAUGGAAGAAAAACUGGCGAUCUGUCACUUAGUACGUCGUUUUAACUUAUUUACAGGUCCAGAUUCGGAGGAUUCAUUGGGAGUUCAAGGAUUUUUCAUUAUUAAUCUAAUAUCUGUUCAUGUUUACUUGAAGCGAAGAAAAAUUGGCAUAAAUAAUGCUGUAAGCUAA